AUGUCUUACUUUGCAUACCAGUACAAGCAACGGAACUACACCCCCUACUCAACGACACGCCUCAUACCGCACGCCGAACCCUGCGUGGUUAAAGGCCCAGCGCCACGCGUUACCAAGUGCGCAGACCCAUGUGCUGUGAAACACCCAGCACCGUGCACUACCAAGUGCAGAGACCCAUGUGCUGGGAAGCCCUCGGUCCCAUGUGCUACCAAGUGUUUUGAGCCACAUGCCCAGAGACACCCAGCGCAGCAUUACCCCAAAUUUUCCGAGCCAGCGGGUGUGAAAUGCUCGACCCCAUGUGACACGAGGUACCAUGAGCCGUAUGGUUUAAUACCUCAGCCAUUCCCCGAGAGAUGGAAUCCAUGCGCUCCACCAUAUGUCCAUCCCUAUGUUACGGGAUACCCUCAGGCAUGUGGCCCAACAUAUGUGCCAUCUUUUCCCAAAUACCCAUACCCUUAUGCGCCCCAGUGGCCCAACACGUGGGGCUAUGGAAACUGUGGGCCGUGCUAA